AUGUCGCUUGCGCAGUUGGUGCUCGACUCCAACGGUACCAAUCGGAACGACACCUGGAGAUGGCAAGACCAGGCUCGAAAGCAGAGCCAGCGGGACUUCAACGUUCAAUUCGUUGUCUCGGUCGCGUUCGGUGCUAGCGCUUUUCUGGCCUUUUGUGUAUUGCGACCGAAAUGGUCAACGCUAUACCAUGCACGCAAAGAACAGUCGAAUGCUGCUCUUCGACUGCCUGAGCUGCCCAACACCUUCUUCGGAUGGAUCCCGGUCGUUAUUGGCAUAUCAAAGGAGGAGGUCCUCGCAUCAGCCGGUCUCGAUGCCUAUGCCUUCCUCGCAUUCUACCGAUAUGCCAUAAAAUUCCUAGCCAUCAUUAUGUUCUUCUCACUGAGUGUGAUCCUGCCUGUCAACUCGAGGUAUACUGGCGAUGCACUCUUUCCAGGUCUCGAAAGAGGCAACAGCACCGACGGGAACAGGACGCUGUCCUACUUCACACUUGCGCCAGAAGACGAUAUCAAGAAGCCUAAGAUGCAGAAGGAUACUUCAUACUUGUGGAUGUACACAGUAUUCGCCUGGUUCUUCACCUCGGCGGCCAUAUAUCUACUGAUUCGCGAGACCAAGCACAUCAUCAAGAUACGACAAGCAUAUCUGGGAACCCAGGCUACGGUUACGGACCGCACUAUCAGAUUGUCUGGGAUCCCAGAAGAUAUGCGUUCAGAAGACAAGAUCAGGGACUUCAUCGAAGAGCUAGGCAUAGGGAAAGUCGACAGUGUCAUGCUGUGCAAGAACUGGCAGAAGUUGGAUGAUACUAUGGCCCAACGGAUGCAGUAUUUGAGACAGCUGGAGAAGGCGUGGACCACCUACCUCGGCCAUCACCACUCAAUUCGACACACGCGCCAUCGGCAUAGAAGGCCUGAUGAGAACGGAAAUAGAGUUGAAGGAACUGCAUUGCUGUCCGAAUCAGAGAUGGAGUCGGCGCAUGCUAGCGCCGUCGAUCGAGAUCGGCCAAAACACACGAUUCGAUACGGCUUCUUGAAUCUCAAGAGUAAGAAAGUCGACGCCAUAGAUUACUUUCAGGAGAAACUGCGCCGCGUCGAUGAGCGCAUUAAGAUCCUGCGAAAGGAAGACUUCAAACCAACACCUUUGGCUUUUGUCACCAUGGAGUCGACUGCUUCCUGUCAGAUGGCUAUUCAAGCAAUCCUCGAUCCGAACCCUGGCACUUUCAUUGCCAAUCUGGCUCCCCCACCAGUCGAUGUUGUGUGGAAGAACACAUAUCUUUCUCGAAAUUCCCGCAUGUGGCGCUCAUGGAGCAUCAUGAUAGCCAUUGGCUUUCUGACUGUUUUCUGGACUGCGUUGCUGGUUCCCCUGGCUGGUCUGCUGAGCAUCGAAGUCAUCGACAAGAUCUUACCCGGCUUGGCCGAUGUUCUCGAAGCACACGACAUUACUCGCUCGCUCAUCUCGAGUGGUCUGCCAACACUAGCCUUCUCUCUCCUUUCCAUCGGUGUCGCAUAUCUAUACGAUUGGCUCGCAAAUCAACAAGGAAUGACCUCCCAAGGCGACAUAGACCUCUCUGUCAUCAGCAAGAAUUUCUUCUUUGUCUUCUUCAACCUGUUCAUCGUCUUCACGCUCUUUGGCACGGCCUCCACUUUCUUCGAGUUCUGGCAGGAUUUUAAGGAGAUCAUCCGCGAUACUGGGCUGAUCGCCAACACAAUCGCCAAGUCGCUAGAGUCGCUCUCACCAUUCUACACUAACCUUAUCGUUCUUCAAGGAUUAGGACUGUUCCCGUUCCGUCUACUAGAGUUCGGCACGGUCUCCUUGUACCCCUUCUACCUGAUCUCAGCAGCUACCCCACGCGACUACGCCGAACUCUCUGCAGCACCAGUCUUCAACUAUGGCUUCUUCCUCCCACAGUCCAUGCUCAUCUUCGUCAUCUGCACGGUCUACUCGGUACUGCCCGCAUCAUGGACCAUUGUCAUCUUUGGUCUGAUUUACUUCAUCAUUGGCCACUUCAUCUACAAAUACCAGCUCCUGUACGCAAUGGAGCACCGGCAACAAUCCACUGGUCGUGCUUGGCCAAUGAUCUGCAGCCGCAUCAUACUGGGUCUGGUCUUUUUCCAGAUUGCCCUGACCGGCAUCCUCGCGCUCAAGGGCGCAUUCACCGCAUCCUUGUUUGUGGUACCGCUCAUCGCCGGCACGAUAUGGUUCACGGUCUACUUCCAAAGGGCAUACUACCCACUCAUGUGGUUCAUCGCAUUGAGAAGUAUCGACAAGCCGCUACCUCCCCCUAUGGUAACACCUUCUGAAUCGGUAUGGGAUAGGGAUACAGAUCGGGGACGAGCGGUGGACGAGACCGAAGAGACUGGCCUGCGUUAUGUCAAUCCUAAUCUUGUGACGCCAUUGGAGACGAUGUGGGUACGGAAACCAGCAAAUCACCAUGGGGCGGCAGGAGAUGACGUCGAGAGCGGUGUUGCGUAG